CUCACUCCUUCUCAUGAAUUCGACCUUACUGAAUUCAACUCUGCACCAGGCUGCGUCCUCCACCGCCCUCCCUUUUAGCAAACACCGAGGCCCAUUGCUUCUCCUCCUCCACCGGCUCUGACUGGUCAGAGUCCAGAGAGCUGAGCAGUCAGAGAGUGGACGACCAGCUGCAAGGACAUUUCUGCUCGGCUGUUCCCCUGAAGCUGUGCUGCCCCACUGAGAGGAUGAAGGUCUCUGUGGCUGCCUUCUUUCUCCUCAACAUCAUCCUCACCACUACUGCUGCUUUUUACAGCCAGCCAAAAAUUCCUGAGUCAGUGAACCAACCAUCCGCCUGCUGCCUGAAGUAUCAUGAGAGAGUGUUGCCAAGGAAACUGACUAUAGGAUACCGAAAGGCCCUCAACUGUCACCUGCCAGCAAUCAUCUUCAUCACCAAAAAGAACCGAGAAGUCUGCAGCAACCCCAGCAAAGACUGGGUCCAAGAGUAUAUCAAGGAUCCCAACCUACCUUUGCUGCCCUCCAGAAACUCGGGGCUUAAAACUGCAACAUCAAGGAAAGGCCAACCCCAGCUCCUAAGCUCCCCAUGAGGACCAGGCCUUAGCAGAAGCCCAAGCUCAUGGAAGGAAGGAACAAACCUAUGAAGACAGGGGCAGCUUUGUGCUCUGAACCUAGUACAGCCACAUUCAGAGAAACAGGCCAAUGAUUGAAAUAAAGGAAAUGUAUUUUGAAUAUUUUUUCAAUCUUGGGAAGAAAUGCCAAAGUUAAGGGAGGCAGGCAGAGAUACGUUCUUAAUACCCAGAAAAACUUCUCUCACGUCCUUCUCCUUGCUCUGCUUUCAACCCCUCCCCUCUCACCAACACACCAGCCAUUCCAACCCUGGUCCAAAACUCAAGCACGCAAUAAAUAAAACUUCCUCAAUUGCCAACUUCA